AGUUCAGGGAAAAGAACUUGAAUCAUAGAAAGUGUUGUUUAUUUUCAGAGAGGGUCUUAAUCCUUCAUGUACUUUGCUUAACCUUACAGGAUCUUCUGUAAGAAGUUAGAACUUGCCUUUAUUUGAAGUUACCAACUGAAUUCUGAAGACUGCAAGAGAGAAGAGCACUUUGCUGGACUGACACAGCACAAAGGUGGUGAAAUCGCAUUGCUGUUAAUGAAUGUUUUUCAAAGAGUUUUGCGAAGAGGAAGAUGGGCAGGACCAGAAGGACAUUUUUGAUGGAGCUGGCAAGAAGAAAAGGCUUCAGAGUAGAAAGUGAACUAAGUGACUCUGUCACUCAUAUUGUGGCCGAGAACAACUCCUACCCAGAGGUGAUGGACUGGCUGAGAGGACAGGGUGUGGACGAUAGCUCCAGGUUUGAACUACUGGAUAUCUCCUGGUUUACAGCCUGCAUGGAAGCGGGAAGACCAGUUGAUUCAGAAGUGAAAUAUCGUCUCAUGGAGCAAGGCUAUUCUCCUCCUUUGAAUAUGCCUGAAUCAGAAGCACUACCAUUUAUUGCAAGCAAAGUAUCUCAGUAUUCGUGUCAAAGGAAGACAACUUUAAAUAACUGCAACAAGAAGUUCACGGAUGCCUUUGAGAUAAUGGCUGAAAAUUAUGAGUUCAAAGAAAAUGAAAUAUUCUGCCUGGAAUUUCUGAGGGCAGCUUCUGUGCUGAAAUGUCUUCCAUUUCCAGUAAUCAGAAUGAAAGAUAUACAAGGGUUGCCCUGCAUGGGAGACAGAGUCAGAGAUGUCAUUGAGGAAAUUAUUGAAGAAGGAGAGAGUUCUAGAGCUAAAGAAGUGUUAAAUGAUGAACGAUACAAGUCAUUUAAGAAGUUUACUUCAGUCUUUGGAGUAGGAGUGAAGACAUCUGAGAAAUGGUACAGAAUGGGGUUACGAACUCUGGAAGAGGUAAAAGCUGACAAGACCCUGAAGCUGUCAAAAAUGCAGAAAGCAGGGUUUCUCUACUAUGAGGACCUUGUUAGCUGUGUAUCUAAGGCAGAAGCAGAUGCAGUAAGCUUGAUUGUCAGGAACACUGUGUGUACGUUUCUACCAGAUGCUUUAGUCACUAUAACUGGUGGUUUCAGGAGGGGUAAGAAGACUGGACAUGAUAUAGAUUUUUUGAUCACCAAUCCAGGACCAAGAGAAGACGAUGAACUUCUGCAUAAAGUUGUUGGCUUAUGGAAAAAGCAGGGCUUACUCCUAUAUUGUGAUAUCAUCGAAUCAACAUUUCUAAAGGAACAGAUACCAAGCAGAAAAGUUGAUGCUAUGGAUAAUUUUCAGAAGUGUUUUGCCAUUUUAAAAUUGUGUCAGCCAAGAGUAGACAACAGCAGUUACAACACAUCAAAAAAUAUCGAUAUGGCAGAAGUCAAAGACUGGAAGGCAAUCCGUGUGGAUCUGAUCAUAGCCCCUUUUGAGCAAUAUGCAUAUGCUCUGUUAGGCUGGACAGGCUCCAGGCAAUUUGGACGUGAUUUGCGGAGGUAUGCUACUCAUGAAAAGAAGAUGAUAUUAGAUAACCAUGCCUUAUAUGACAGGAAAAAGCAGCUGGAGAUCAAACCUUACAAUGAUUCCCAGCCUUAUGGAAUGAAAGACUUUGUUUAUCAGCCAUCAGGAAGAAAGAAAAAUUGUAUAUUCCCCAUGUCUUGUAAUAUUAUUAUUGCUGUUGCGCUGGUUACAAAUGACAUGACACAUUUAUGAACUGGGCCAAUAAAACUGUCACUGCAAAACUUUCCUGAUUCAUGAAUGAGCAAUAUUCUGUCUCAGUAAAAUAGAAGUGCUUAUGAAAAAAACAGGAUUUUUUUUCUGUUUGAACCAUAAGUCAGGUCAAGUGAACAAUAGGCUCUUUAGAAAAACUAAGAUCAUUAAGCUGGAAACCUUGGCAUUUCUGGUUGUUUUUACACCCCUCUGUGAUGGUUUAGGGUUCUAAAGGGUUUAUCUCUUAACCCACUAUAAAGAAUUUUUGGUUACGACAUGCAUUGUGCUCUUAAUCAGGAGCUAAUAAGAGUGUAUGCUCUGACCUCUGUUUUUAUGUAUUUAUGUAAUGUGGUUAUCAGUUCACUGUCUGAACUGCAGUUUUUUGUGUGCAUGUAUAUAUAGUUUGCCACAUACUGAGAUUUGAAAUGCGCUUUCUUUACAGUGAUUAAAAUUUUGUGAUGUACUGGGGCAGUCUUUAGCAAGUUUUGACAAUAUCCUGACAUAUUUUUAACUAACUGAAAUGGAGAGAGAGAUAGUGGAUCUAACUAAAGAAGAAACAGUUCUGAACCCUGUUUUAAAUACCUGUCUUUAAGCUGAAUAAAUAUCAUCUGCUUGCAUGAGAAUGUAAUAAAUCUGUGAUUUACUUUCACUUUAAUGUUUUAUUAUUUUUA